AUGCCUAGCUAUGUGAAGUUUCUCAAGGACAUACUCGCCAACAAGAGGAAGAUCGGGGAAAAUGAAACUAUCGCACUAACGUAUGAAUGUAGUGCGCUCUUCCAAAACAACAUCCCCAAGAAAAUGAAAGAUCCAGGGAGCUUCACAUUGCCAUGCUCAAUAGGGGGUAAAGAAGUAGGAAAUGCGCUCUGUGACUUAGAGGCAAGUAUAAACCUGAUGCCCUUAUCAAUCUUCAAGAAGUUAAACAUCGGCAACGCAAGACCCACCACAGUUACGUUGCAGUUGGCUGACAGAUCAAUAACGCAUCUAGAGGGCAAGCUAGAAGACAUACUUGUACAAGUGGAUAAAUUCAUCUUUCCUGCUGACUUUAUUAUAUUGGAUUACGAAGCUGACACUGAGGUGCCAAUCAUCUUGGGUCGCCCAUUUCUCGCAAUAAGGCGAGCACUGAUCAACGUACAAAAAGGAGAACUCACCAUAAGAGUCGACAAUCAGUAA